AUGUCCACUGAAUCUUCUCACUCCGCCCCCGGCGCAGACAAAGGUCCCGUCACCGGAGAUGUCUAUGAGCAGCAACAGGCGUCGUCCGACGCGCCAACAUCGGACGAGGAGUCGGGCGAGUCCAGUGUGGCCAACAUUGAACGAAUUUACCGAAAACUGGACCGGCGCAUUAUCCCAGCCUUCUGGGUGCUGUACUUCCUAUGCUCGGCGAUCCGGUCCAACGUUGGCCUGGCGCAGACGAUGAACGAAGACUCAGGCCACGACCUGGGCUCCGUGCUGCACCUGGACCCGCAUCAGAUCUCGACGGGUCUGGCGCUGUUCUAUGUGUGUUAUGUCGUGUUUGACCUGCCAUCCAACCUGAUCAUGACGCGGCUGAGCCCCCACGUGUGGAUGAGUCGCAUUGUGAUCAGUGUGGGAUUGAUUGGGAGCUGUAUGGCAGCGAUGGAAGCCGCCUGGAGCUUCUAUCUCCUCCGUCUUUUGCUUGGCAUCGUCACAGCCGGCAUGUGGCCCGGAAUGACCUACUACCUCACGCUCUUCUACCCGCCCUCGCGUAUAGGCAAGCGCAUCGGCCAGUAUUUCACGGCGGCACAAGUUUCUGCCGCCGUGGUGGGACUGGUGUCAGCCGGGUUCCAGGAAAUGGACGGCGCGCGCGGGUUCGUCGGCUUCCAGUGGAUGUUCCUCGUGUACGGAGUCAUUACCAUUGCCCUCGGCUUCGCCCUGUUGUGGUGGCUUCCGGACAGGCCCACUCAACCCGGCGAGCCCAUCCCCGAGCGCCACUGGCUUUUGCGCUGGUUGCCGCGCAGUGCACCGGCGCUGACGGGCCGCGAUGCCAUGGUGCACUACCACGACAUGAAACGCGUGUACCAUUCGCCGCCCUGGACGCUCCGUGAUCUGCUGCAUGUGUUCAUGGACUGGCGGCUGUGGCCGCUGCUCAUCAUGUACUUUGGCGUUGUGGGGGUUGGCAUCGGCGUGCAGCUGUACGCCAACUUGAUCAUCCAGGCGAUCAACCCGAACCUGAGUGGCGUUGAGCUGAGUCUACUGACUGCACCGAUCUGGGUUAUGGACCUCAUCGCCAUCCUACUUGUGACUCCACUCUCCGACCGCUUCCACCGCCACCGCGCCAUCUUCUUCUCAAUCCCAACCUGCCUCCAGAUCCUCGGCCUGCUACUCACCAGCUACGCCGGCACAGACGAGAACCCAUGGCCCCGCUACGGCGGCCUCCUAAUCGUAGGCUUCGGGCUCGGCCCCACGGUGCCCAUCACGAUGACUUGGACGACAGAGAUCUUCCAGCCGCGCCACGGCGAGGUCGGCGUGGCCGCCGCCUCGGCCGUGGUCUCCGGUCUGGGCAACCUCGGCAGCAUCCUGACGACGUAUGCGCUGUAUUCCGGGUGGAAGAGCGACUACCUGGCGCCGGGUCGCCAGAAGUACCGCAAGAGUAACCUGGUCAUGGUGGGCAUUUUGGCUGCGAGUAUCCUGUCGGCGGCGCUGAUGGAGGUGAUGUUGCGCUUUGUUGAUGGCUGGUAUUCGCGCGAUGAGGAGGUCGGGGAUGACGCGGUGGAUGGUGCCGCCAGGCGCGAGGUGCGCCAGCGUGGGUUCCAGGGAAUGGGUGCUGGGGUGAAGCGGUGGUUGAGACGCGCGAAGACGGGUCGUAUGUGA